AUGGAGAAGACAGUCAAAGGCGCAACCAAAAUCAAGCUAGCCGCUCCAAAGUCAAAGUAUGUCGAAGCUAUCCUUUCAGCGACAAACGGCGGGGAAGCGGGAGUGGCAGAAGUCUUUCGGACCUUGCAAUUACGAUUACGCGACUCGACAUGGACGAUAGUAUUCAAAUCUCUGAUCAUCACACAUCUCAUGAUCAGAGAAGGACAAGGGGAUCUGACAUUGCGGUAUAUCGCGGAGUCGCCGAAGAGGCUGGCAAUCAGCAAUUUCACAGACGUACAAACGCAAGGGACAAAUAUUCGUCGAUAUUCGGACUAUCUCUUGGAGAAAGCUAGAGGCUAUCGAGACACCCAAACCGAUUUUGUCAAGGCAGGAUCCGGUCGCCUAAAGCGGCUGACCGUCGACAAGGGUCUACUGCGCGAGACUGAAGCUGUUCAAGAACAGAUACGAACCUUGCUGAGAUGUGAUAUGCUCGAGAGCCACGAUCCUGACAAUGAAAUCACAUUAACAGCGUUUCGACUGCUGACCCUGGACCUGCUCGAGCUCUUUAAGAUAAUGAAUGAAGGUACACUCAACGUAUUGGAGCACUACUUUGAAAUGUCAAGACCGGACGCAGAGCGGGCCUUGAACAUCUAUAAGACUUUUGGCAGACAGACAGACCAGGUGGUUCAGUAUCUGACUGUUGCUCGCCAGUAUGAAAGCUUGACGAGAUUGGAAGUGCCCAAAUUGAAGCACGCUCCGACCACCUUGACAUCUUCUCUUGAAGAGUAUCUCAACGAUCCCGAUUUUGAAAUCAACCGAAGACAAUAUCUGGCUCAAGCUCAAGGCGCAAAGGGUUCAUCCAAACCUGCUUUCAAAUCUGAACCAACCUCGACUCCGUUCGACAAAGCUAAGAAAUCUGAUUCGUCCUUCCCUGCGGAAGCAAAUUCACCAGCCCAAGCAUCAACACAGGCUAAGGCACCUGCACCGGACCUGAUUGAUUUCUUCGAUUCCAUUGAGCAAAAUCAACAGCCUAUAGCGCAGCCAACCGUGGCUUCACAACCAUUCGCCAAUGGAUAUCCACAAGCACAGCAUUAUCAACAAGCAGCGUUUGCUGCUCAGCAAACCGGCUAUAAUCCAUUCUCAGUGAAUCAGCAGCAAACAGGCUCGUAUGCUCAGCCCCUCGCACAACAGCCACAGCAACCCCAAGGACUUCAGCCAGACUUCACAGGUGCUGGCUUUGGUGGCUACACCCCGCAACCGCAACCGCAACCAUCACAGUACAAUUUCCCGUCCACGCUUCCUUCGAUACCACAAAAUGGGGUGGCAUCCUUCGAUCCACAGCAACAAGCACCACCAUUUCAGCAGCCGCCUCAGCAGAUCCAAAGCCAAGCUCCUUCCACCAAUCCUUUCCGUCAGUCCGUAAUGCCGACUGGCGCACCCACUAGCCCCGCCGUUUCAUCCUCACCCUCUAUCCGGCAAUCCACGAAUCCUUUUGCAAAGAGCCUCAAUCCGCAACCUACAUCGAACUUUCCAGCUUCAUCUCCACCUUUCUCCAACUCCAACUCACCUUUUACUUCGCCUCCGCCACAGACUCAACAGCAGGAGCUGCAACAGAACUCUGCGCUCUUCUCACCUCCACAACAGUCUUUACAAACUCCGAUUCAGACUCUACAACCACAAAGGACCGGCACGAAUCCAUUCGCGCGCAACAACAGAUCGCCAGCCAUGAGCACAAGCCCAACCGAGCAGCAGCAGCCGCCUCCCCCUCCACUUCUGUCAGCUGUCACUGGGAGUACGAACCCUUUCCGACAAUCACAAUUCGUGCAUCAGCAGACAGGGCUGGGUUGGCAGAAUGUGCCAGGUAGCCAGGGAACGUUCGGCGGGUACGAUGUCAACCAUGUAAAUACGGUGCCUAUAUUUCCCAGACCGGGAGCAGGUUGA